AUGAAGGACAUCCAAACAGAGAUUAUCAACACGACAGAGCAAAUCGGCGACUUGGUAGACUGGCUAGUCUUCCGCCAUGCACCGCCAGUCCCAUACUCGCCGACCAUGUACAUCGAUCUCGAAGGUGUAGACCUCUGCCGUGAGGGUUCCCUUUCCAUCCUCACUCUUAUGAUCGACACGGGAAUACCGACUAGACGCGUCUACCUCUUCGAUGUGCAUUUGCUAGGUACACAUGCGUUCAAUACUGCCGGUGUAAAACAGAAGACCCUGAAGGAUAUCCUGCAAGACGACAAGAUCCCAAAAGUCAUCUUCGACGUUCGCAACGAUUCAGACGCCUUAUUUACGCAUUUCGGCGUGAGGCUACAGGGAGUGGAGGAUGUUCAGCUUAUGGAGAGUGCUACGAGGAUGGAUACAAGGUCCAGAAAAUUCCUGAGCGGUCUGGCCAAGUGUGUUGAGAAAAACGCUUCCUUAUAUGGUAGUGACUUAGUCAACUGGAAGCUGGCAAAGGAAAAAGGGGAACGACUGUUUAAGGUUGAACAUGGCGGUUCGUGUGAGGUUUUCAAUCAGCGCCCAAUCCCCGAAGAGAUUAUUGCUUAUUGUGUCGGUGAUGUCCAGUAUCUCCCCGAGCUACGGGAUAGAUUCUGGAAAAUGCGGGCCUUUCGGUGGCAGGACUUAGUCAAGGAAGAAACUAAAAAGCGUGUCGCGGAGUCUCAGAAACUGGAGUACCAACCCCACGGCCCAGAUAGGGCAGUGGCUCCAUGGAGUGACGAUCAGAAUAAGACUUUGGAUGAGUGGAAUUACGUCCCUCCUCCCCGUGACUACUUCAAUGAAUGCGACGACUGGGAUUUCGAUGCGAGCGACGGUUGGUAUGAUGACGGUCCCACUAGCUGUAGGGACAUCAUCAACGAUUGCGAUUACGACUAUUACUAUUCCGACUAA